AUGAACUCGUUGAACAACAAUAAUACUGUAUCCGAUCCGCUAGUAGAAGAUCACCCCAAUGAUAUCAAUCAAACAACUCUGCUGCUGUUACCCAACAAUAAAAACAAAAAAACUAAUACCGUGAUGCUUAACAAUAAUAACAGUUAUUCAUCCCUAAGAUCCACCGCUUCAGAUAAUACCAAUACUCCUAUGUUCUGGCCCUAUCAGGAUGAUGAAUUACUAAUGUCCAGUAAUAAUAACAAUACCAACAGAAGGCAUAAUCAUCGCCAGAAUUCCAUCGUAUCCUUUCUAGCUAGAAGUCGAAGCAAUACUAUUAUAUCUAUUAAAAGAAAUUACCACAAAGUUGUGAGGUAUAAGCAUUUUAAAAAAUUUAUGGGAAUGUUCAUAGCCAGUGUUGUUAUAUAUAUUGGCUUCACAUUAGCGUUUCUACCAAGAACCUCACUAUCCAGAGAUUUUAGAAGAAUUCAUUUUUCCACAAAAUUCACUAAACCUGAGAUAUAUAGAGUUUAUUUGGAUAGUUUACAACAAAAUCAUCUAGAGCUAAAAAGAUUGAGUGGCAUUUUAUACGACGAGAAACAAAAAAAAAAGUAUAAUCAUAAAUUUAAUCAUCUAUUUAAUGAUAAUGAGCUUACACAAUUCACUUUCAACUAUUUAGAAGACGUUUUACACUUAAAUCCAAAAAUAUUAAAGUCUGAAAGUUUACCCGAUACCCCUACCACUGAUACUAUCAGCAACAAUAAUAUUGUUGUAAAAAGUGAAUUAAGUUUAUGGGAAGAUGGACGUUUAGUGCAUCAAACGGGCUUGCAAGAACCGUGCUUAGAUGAAACUAGUUGUAAUCCAAAGGCAUUGCCUGGUUAUAUAGCCUUUAGUGGGAAUGGUACUAUCAAAGCACAAUUUGUUUAUGUGAAUCAUGCGACUUUCCAAGAUUUUCAAGACUUGGUAGUUUCCAAUCACAUCGCUGUACACGGUAAGAUUCACAUCAUUAAAAUUAUCAACGAAAAAUCAAUGUCUAUCUCAUCCCAAAUCAGAAAUUCUAUCAACAAUGGGGCUGUUGGUUGUGUUUUUUUCAAAGAUGAUGAGGAUGAUGGUGAAGUCACCAAAUCAAAUGGUUAUAAAUCUUACCCAAAUGGGCCUGCAAGGAAUAGCCAAGCUAUUCAAAGAGGUUCAAUAUAUGAUGGUCUUAUGAUGAUGAAUAAAAAUAAUAACAUCGACAUUCCUGUUAUUAGUUUAAGUUAUUAUGAUGUUCUUCCGAUCUUAAACAAAUUAUCCGGAGUUGGUAUACCCUUGGGGUCGAAGGAUGUUGCCAAUAACAAUUUAUUUUACUCUGGGCCUUCAAACAAAACUCAAUUAUUGAAAAUACGCAGUUUCCAGUCUGAUAAUUCCAUUGAUUCUGUCCAAAAUAUUGUGGUUAAUAUACCUGGUAUUUGGAAGGAUGAGGAAAUUGUAGUCACUUCCCAAAGAGAUUCCUUUACUGUAAAUGGUUUUAAUAGCGGGUUUUUGAUUUUUUUGGAGGUAGCAAGGGGCUUGAGCAAAUUAAAAGAAAAUGGCUGGAAGCCAUUGAGAACUAUAAAACUUGUCAGUUUAGAUGGAGAAAGCGUUGGCAAAAUGGGAUCAUCAUCUUUUAUCCAAGAAAUAGGUAACUUGAAAAGUUUUAUUCAUAUCAAUUUACCUCCAGAUAUGGUCAGUGGUUCACAGUUUCAUUGCCAAUCAAACGAAAUGCUAAGAUCCUUGUUGGAAGAAGCUUCUAAAAGUACUCCUUAUGGUUCGGUUGAAGGAAACACAUUGUUUGAUAACUGGAAAUCAUGGUCCAGAAUUAACAAUCAAAAAGAUGUGGAAAUUGAUGAACUUGAUACUGAUUCUAGUUCUUUAGGAUUUCAAACCCUAUUAGGAGUGCCAUCUGUCAAUUGUAAAUUUGAAAAUAACAAGGAAACUGAUGCUAUUUACCUUAAAAAUUCAAACUAUAAUUCCAAAGAAAUGAUGGAAAAAUUUUUUGAUCCGGAUUAUAAAACACAUAGUAGUUUGUCAAAAUUCGUUGGAUUUCUUAUAUUGAUGGGUGGCGAAAGGGAAGUGAUAUAUUAUGACUAUUUCCAAUUUUUCCAAAAAUUAAAAACAAAUUUUUUAAACAAAUUUUCAUUAACAACAACAAAUGUAACUAGAUAUGCGCAUGUGCAAAAUUCAAUUAUAGAUGUUAUGGAGAAAUUAAUCUCCAAUAGUAUACAAUUAGAUGAUUAUAAUAAGUUGUUACAGGAACAGACAAUCAUUGAUUACCCCUGGUAUCAAUUUUAUAUUAAAAUGAACAUAUUAUUUAAAAUCAAAAGGCUGAACAAUCAAUUAAUUUCUUUAAGAAAUGUAUUUUUAAUAAUGAAAAUGAAAGAUGGUUUUAGAAAAAAUAGUUACCAAAACACUUAUGAUUUUAUCUCACAGCCAAAUAAUUUUAAAGGUGCCAAAAUUAAAAUGUUAGGGAAAUUGGAGUGUUUAUUACAAUUAGAUAAUCAGGCUGAUAUAGAAGAUUAUUUAUAUUCGAUGUUACUAAAGAAAUUAUUAGAGUUUAAUCAAAUGAUUUUUGAUGAUAUAUUAGCCUAUACAUAG